AUGGCACCCAUUCAAAGAUUUGGAAGUCUUAGGAAUAUUCGAAGGAAGUCAUCAUCAACCAAUGCUAAUGCCAAUGCCAUUUCUAAUAAUAUCAAUACCAAUACCAAUUCCAAUUCCAAUUCCAAUACCAAUACCAAUACCCCACAAGAUACGGUAACCCAUGAGGGGCUAAUUGCAAUGAGGUAUGAGGAUAUGUUCCCUGGUGCAAGGGCUCCAAUUCCCGUUACUGUCGCACCUCCACUUUCUCCACCUUCAGAGACACAUCCUGCUUUUCGACCACGAUUACUCGCUCAUGAAGUAGAAGGAUUAAAGGAUGAUGCAAAGAGAGAUUCUGGUCUUGCUCCCACCACCAGUACAAUUACUCGAGAUCGUGAAGCCGAAGGUGAAGGCGAAGCAGAUGGCGCAGAUUUGCUUAAUACAGUCGAUAAUGAUAAUGUCUUGGGGAUCAAUAUAAACUUUGAUUCAAAAGUGGCCAUGGCAAAUUCAAGUCCCACUCUACAAACUCAAUGGGGUGAUGUGCAAUCACCCGCAUUGGCAAAAUCGCCAACAUUAAUGAAAAAUGAAUGCGUUGGGUCAUCUUCUGCAGGGUCCUUGAAACGAUGGAAGACGAAGAAUGGUAAUGCAAAAACUUCUCCCGAACGUGGUGCUGGUGCUGGACAUGGUACUGACAUCAAUAGACAACCCAGCUUUUCUAUGUUAGCCACCACGUCGCCCACGAUCAAAGUAUUAUCCGACGACUUGGAAAUGGAAUCGCAAAAGGUCAGAUCUAUGUAUGAGUCGGGCUCGGGGUUUGACUGGCGCGAUGGGAAGGACGACGCAACUGAUAAUCGUUUAACUGUUGGAGGGGAAUCCAUACCCGAAAGGCCUGUUACGGCAAACAGUUACCUCACUCCAAAUGGCAUAGGAGUACCACCACGAUCCGCGAGCGCAUUGUCAAACAGAAGACCUGCCGAGUUAGCUGGGGGAAUCGAAGAUUGGGAAGAUGUGAAUGGGAACGAUGUCGAUAGAUAUGGCUUCAUUAAUCAGAGGACCACCUCCAGACCCGGCACACCAGAACCAAAGCCACCACAACGCGUUUCAACUGUACUUCACUUAGCCUCGCAGGCACCACGACGAAAACGAACCUUUGGUCGAUCACCUUCUACUGCGAAUUCCCAGAGAGGCCUCAAACGUACGCCUAGUCGAAAGGUUUCUGCGAGAUCAUCAAAAAGGUCACAGGGGGAUAAUGCAUCAAUACGCAGUUCGCGAAGCUCUCAACUAAGGCAGGCCGCCAACCGAUUACCGGGGAAUAAAGAUAGAAGAUGGAUGGACGAGGCAGGUGAUAUGUUGACUUUACCUCCGGGACUGGCGGAUAUUGCUGAAGAAGUGGAAGGGGGUAAAGGUAUGGAGUUGAUGAAGAGGAAAGAAUCGGAACGAACAGAGAAAUGGAGGAGGAUGGCGAAAAUAAUCAAGGGCAAGGAUGGAGAGGGAAUGGAAUUCGAAUUCGAUACGAAAAGUUCCAAAUUAAUAGAAAGGACGUGGAAAGGGAUUCCUGAUCGUUGGCGGUCUGCGGCAUGGUAUUCAUUUCUUGCUUCUUCAGCCAAGAAGAGAAAAGGUAGCCCACAAGAGGAAGAUAUAAUUCAAGCUUUCCAUAGGCUACAGGAUCAAAGUUCAGCGGAUGAUGUUCAGAUCGAUCUGGAUGUUCCUCGGACAAUCAAUAGUCACAUCAUGUUUAGAAGAAGAUAUAGAGGAGGUCAGCGAUUACUCUUUAGAGUUCUUCACGCUUUAUCACUAUACUUUCCAGCUACUGGGUAUGUUCAGGGUAUGGCAUCAUUAGCAGCUACUCUUCUGUGUUACUAUGAUGAAGAAAAAUGCUUCGUCAUGCUAGUACGAAUGUGGACUUUACGUGGUCUGGAGAAAUUAUACGAACCAGGGUUUCCAGGUUUGAUGGCUGCUUUGGAUGAAUUUUCAACCAAAUGGCUAGAUAAUGGUGAGGUAUCGGCUAAGCUAAAUGAACUUGGCAUAGAACCAACUGCAUACGGUACUCGAUGGUAUCUCACUCUUUUCAACUAUUCGAUUCCUUUCCCAGCUCAACUUCGUGUUUGGGAUGUAUUCAUGCUUCUAGGAGAUGAAGACGAAUCAUUACCUUACUGUAAAGAUCGACCAUUCGCAGGUGGUUUGGAUAUUGUUCAUGCUACUAGUGCGGCGUUAAUCGAUGGUACUAGAGAUAUAUUACUUGACAGUGAUUUCGAGAGCUCAAUGAAAGUCCUUACCAGCUGGAUCCCAGUCAAGGAUGAGGAAUUAUUGAUGAAAGUUGCGAAAGCGGAAUGGAAGUUACAUCGAGUGAAGAGGAGAAGUUGA